UUCGUGAUAGACCAAAGACUAUAAAGGCCCAGCGUCGUCAGCUCGAAGAUGUCUGGUCUCCAAGGUCUCAAGCUCAGAUCUCCCAAGUUCUUGAGUAUCUCUCGUUCAUCGCCCCAAGAACAUACAGGGAGUCUAUUCACCUUUUAAUAAUACUACAAAAAUGGUUCUUCUCAACAAGGUCACCGCUGCAGCUGCAGCUCUCGCGGCGGUCGCGUCCGCUGCUCCCACCAAGCCUGUUGGUGCUAAUCCUCGUCUUGGUUUCACUAUCAACCAGAUCGCGAAGCCUAUUACUCCCAAGACCAUCAACCUGCCAGGCAUCUACGCCAAUGCUAUCCAGAAGUACGGUGGUACUGUUCCCCACCACGUCAGGGAGGCUGCUGUCAAGGGCAGCGCUGUCACUACGCCUGAGGAUAACGACCAGGCCUAUCUGACUCCUGUCACCGCGGGAGCCUCCACUCUGCAUCUGGAUAUUGACACCGGUUCCGCCGAUCUGUGGGUUUUCUCGGACGAAUUGAGCUCUUCUGAGAGCUCCGGUCACUCCGUCUACAAGCCCUCUUCAAAUGCUACUAAGAUGAGCGGCUACUCCUGGAGCAUCAGCUACGGAGACGGCAGCUCUGCCAGCGGUGAUGUCUACAAGGACACCGUCACUGUUGGCGGUGUGACUGCCAACUCCCAGGCCGUCGAGGCCGCCUCGCGGGUCAGCUCCGAGUUCACCGAGGACAAGAACAGCGAUGGCCUCCUGGGCUUGGCCUUCAGCUCCAUCAACACUGUCAAGCCGAGGUCUCAGAAGACAUUCUUUGACACUGUCAAAUCCGAAUUGGACGCCCCUCUUUUCGCCGUGACUCUGAAGCACAACGCCCCCGGCAGCUACGACUUCGGCUACCUCGACAAUUCCAAGUACACCGGCAAGAUCACCUACACCGACGUCGACAGCUCCCAGGGUUUCUGGGGCUUUACUGCUGAUGGAUACGCCGUCGGUAACGGUCAAACCACCUCUGACCAGAUUUCCGGCAUUGCUGACACCGGCACCACUCUCCUCAUGCUUCCUACCGACAUUGUCGAUGCCUACUACCAGCAGGUCGACAGUGCCCAGAACAGCGAGCAGUACGGAGGCUAUGUGUUCCCUUGCAGCACCAGCCUGCCAUCUUUCACUGUCAGCAUCGGCGGCUACAACGCCGUCGUCUCUGGCGACCUCAUCAACUACGCUCCUGUCACUGACGGCAGCUCGACCUGCUUCGGUGGUAUCCAGGACAACUCCGACAUUGGUAUGUCCAUCUUCGGUGACAUCUUCCUGAAGAGCCAGUACGUCGUCUUCAGCGCCGACGGCCCUAAGCUAGGUUUCGCCGCCCAGGCUUAAACGCCUGAUUUCUUGCUAGACGGUCGGGCUCUGGCAG